AUCCGGUGCCCGCGCGCCCCCUCCCCUCUCUCCGCUGCCGCCGCCGCCGUUUCGGGCCUCCCUCAGUCGCAUCCGCCGCCAUCCGCGCCCCGCGCCGCCGCCAUGCCGCCCAAAUUCGACCCCAACGAGAUCAAAGUCGUGUACCUGCGCUGUACCGGCGGCGAGGUCGGCGCCACCUCUGCUCUGGCUCCCAAGAUCGGACCCCUCGGGCUGUCUCCCAAGAAGGUGGGUGAUGACAUUGCCAAGGCCACGGGGGACUGGAAGGGGCUGAGGAUCACGGUCAAGCUCACCAUCCAGAACAGGCAAGCUCAGAUAGAGGUUGUUCCUUCUGCCUCUGCUCUGAUUAUCAAAGCUCUGAAGGAGCCUCCUCGGGACAGAAAGAAGCAGAAAAACAUUAAGCACAGUGGCAGCGUCAGCUUCGAUGAGAUCGUGAACAUCGCGCGGCAGAUGCGGCACCGCUCCCUGGCACGAGAGCUCUCGGGGACCAUCAAGGAGAUCCUUGGGACAGCCCAGUCUGUGGGCUGCAGCAUCGAUGGCAGACACCCACAUGACAUCAUUGAUGACAUCAAUAAUGGUGCAAUUGAGUGCCCAGCUAGCUAGGACUGCAGGAAUGUUGCUGUUAUGAAGGCACCUUCAGGGUUUUUGUAGCACCUCAAAAACUUAAUAAAAGACCCAGCUGUCUCCA